AUGAAUUUAUUCAAGCAACAUAUCCCUUUAACCGGAUUAAAACAGUUUAAACUCAUGGAAAUACAUGACAAACUUAUUCCGGCAUUAAAACUCUACAAAUUGAAACAGCAGGGAGUAGAGACUUAUGCAAACACAACUCUGAAAAGACUGGAGAAUGAAAGAAGUCUUUCCAAAAUUGUGCUCGCUCAACGCGACAGCAAGCUUCAGUAUGAUAUGGGCAAGCUACAGUAUGAAAUGGCGCUAGCCAGCAAACGCGACUCUUCUGCCAUGAAGACUAUUGCUAUACUAGGUAUUUUAUUUCUUCCUGGGACAUUUGUUGCUUACAGCGGUUUCUCCAAGCUUUUGAAUCUAUUGGGUUAUCACAACUCCGGUUACGUUGAUCAUUUUGGUACUGUGCGAGACGGAAGGUUUGUCAGGGAGAGGAAUGAAAGAGAAGAAACCGAAGACCUUGCUUCGGAGAUUGAUUUAGGAGAGUAUAGCUUGCAGCCGCUGCAGAGAGCGAGGCCAUUGGCAGACUAUGAGAGAGAAUGA